GGAUGUCUGAAAUUCUAUCAUAAAACACGAAACUUUCGCAAGGUAAUAUUAUAUAUGGAUAAAGACGAAAUUUUUGCUAAAAAAUUACAAGAAGAAGAGGAGAAAGAAUUAGAACUUUUACAAUUAAAGAGACUUCAUGAAGAGUCUGAUUCGUUAGAAUUGGCACUUAAAUUACAAGCCGAAGAUUAUUUACGAACUAAAGAAAAUAACAAUGCAGACUUAGUAGAUUUUGAUCCUUCAAAUCCCAAUCCUGACCUUCAUAAACUUUUUCUUGCGUUUAAUCAACAAUAUUUUUGGGGACAACUAAGUAGAGUAGAAGUUCGUUGGUCAAAGAAAAUGACAUUAUGUGCAGGUUUAUGCGAGUACCAGAGCGGCGGUUAUAUUUGUAUAAGAAUGAGCGAACCUUUAUUGAAAUUUCGCCCACAAUCGGACAUGAUUGAAACAUUAUUGCAUGAAAUGAUUCACGCUUAUCUUUUUGUCACGCAUAAUAUUCAAGAUCGUUCUGGACACGGUCCAGAAUUCCAUAAACAUAUGCAUCGCAUAAACGCUGCAGCUGGAACGAAUAUCACAGUUUAUCACAAUUUUCAUGAUGAAGUCAAUUAUUACAAGACACACGUUUGGAAAUGUAAUGGACCAUGCCAACAUAAGCCACCAUAUUAUGGAAUUGUUAAACGUUCGAUGAAUAGAAAACCGCAAAAAGCGGACUCUUGGUUUGAGACUCAUCAGGAAACUUGUGGUGGUACAUUUAUUAAAGUAUCCGAACCUCCCAAAAAGGAAGAAGAACAUUCGGAAAAAAAAGAACGUAAAGGCAAAAAAAGCAAACGUAAAAUAGAAAAUGAAAUAAGCAAGGAUAAUGUGAUAUUGGAUGAAAAAGAUCCUAGCAAAAAAGCACGUAGUAUUCUCGAUUAUUUUGAAUCAUCAACAGUGAAACAAGGAAGUGAUAUUAACAUACCAAUACAAAUUUUUGAUGAUGAAACUGAAAAGUAUUGUGGAAACAUAACAAUAAACAAUAAAGCCUCCUCAUUCAAAACAUCUACAGUGCAAUGUCCAAUUUGCGGGGAUAACUCAAUCGAAGCAGAUGAAAUCAACGAACACAUUGAUUUGUGUAUUCAGAUAGAAUGAGUUAUAAUAAAAACCAAAAUUGCUUGUUACUUUAAGCUAUUCAAUAAUGAUUCAUCCAAAUUCAAUGGAACAAUUAUUCCAUCUUCAGUAGUUAAAGUAAAUUCUGUAAUUUUCCAUUCACGAUCAUGUAAAUCUCGGAUAGAACGAAAAUGAACACUUCCUUUUCCUAAUAUAGUAGGAUAUUAUAAUUAAUUCGUAAUAAUACAAUAAAUAAAUAUUCAUUUUGUUUUUUCAUAUUACCUUUAUCACCUUUAACAGUGUAUUGAAAAUCUACUUUGCCUUUUAAAUGAUUAAUGCUUCCCUUAAUCCAAGUGCUACUAUUCAAGCGUUGAUAAUUAAAUGAAGCAAUUAUAGCUCCAACCCAAAAGCUGACACCAAUUAUUCCAAAAAUGACAUAUUGAGU